GCCUUGUAUAUCCAUUGCUCAAUCCACCAUAACCGAGCAUUUGUUUUCCAUAAUCAUAAUUAAUGGCCGUGCAGCCUCAACAGACCCUUCUCUUCUUUCUCACUAAGAUCUUCUUCCUUUGCUCCGUGUUCCUACUCCCCCGUGUAAACUCAGUUUCCUUCACCUUCAACGCUUUCAAUCCAAACAUGGGAGGCAUAUCCUUCCAAGGUGAUGCAUUCUCAUCCAGUGGAGUUCUCCAACUUUCCAGGAACCAAAUAGACAACAAUCUCACUUACAGUGCUGGUCGUGCCUCUUACAUUCGACCUGUCCACAUCUGGGAUGCCAAUACAGGACAACUCACAGACUUCACCACCCGUUUCUCUUUUAUUGCCAAGGAUGUUAGAGACUCAACCAUUUAUGGUGAUGGGUUGACUUUUUUUCUUGCACCUGUCGACUCUGAGAUCCCUCCCAAAGCAGUUGGGGGUUAUCUUGCAUUGUUUAGCCCUGAAAAUGCUCUGAAUGUCUCAAAAGCAAAUCAAAUUGUUGCAGUUGAGUUUGAUUCUUACAGCAAUGCAUGGGAUCCAGGCUAUGAUCAUGUAGGGAUCAAUGUCAACUCCAUUGUGUCUGUAGCUGAAGUUUCAUGGAAAAGCAACAUUUACAAUGGAGAAGUAGUAAAUGCAUGGGUGAAUUACGAUUCUGUUAGCAAGAACAUGAGUGUGUUUGUGUCUGAUACCCAGAAUCCGGUGUUCAGAGGAAUUUAUAGCUUCUCAUACAACGUUGAUCUCAGAGAUGUCUUGCCUGAAUGGGCUCGAAUAGGUUUCUCUGCGUCCACUGGUACUGCAGUGGAAACAAAUAGCAUUCUUUCUUGGGAAUUUUAUUCAACCUUGUAAGGUAAAGAGUCACAGGUUGAUUGAUAGCCAUGAGAAUUAUGAAUUUCCUUUGUUCUUUUCAUUCAAUGUCAACUCUUUGCUCCUCUAUCGUCACCUUAUAUUAUGGCUGUUGCAAUAAAAGAUGAAUACUUUCCUGAAUGAA